AUGUCCAUCCAGAUAACAUGUUCAAACAUUCACUUGAACCAGAGCGGUCCCAUCAGCAAGCUUUCCCACUACACCGAACACAGCGGCGACACGAAUUUGAUGGGCUCUUCUGUCAUGGUGGCUGGGAUGGUGAUUGGCGUGGUGCUGUUCCUCUCCUGCGUGACCAUCUUCAUCGGCAGCCUGCGAAAAGAUAGACGAUUGCGACAUCCCCAUUUGAGGAGGGAUGCCAGUUACACUCCAGAUGGCUUCUCAUAUGGUGGCUCAGUUGGAGAACUAAGAUCCAGUUGCAUCGAUGAGUUCCCACCAGUGUUGGAUUUCAGUUCGUACGUGGAGACUUUGUCUCAGGUCAACAUCAUGCACCCGGACUCCCCUCCACGUUAUGAUGAGUGUGUGGGACCAGGAGCAGCCCAAAUUUACGUUCCUACAGAUGACCCUCCACCUUACUCCCUGACAGACCCUUAUCGAAGGAGUGACUUGGCAAUAAACAUUCCUUUGGAAGAGGAAGCAACUCCUGGGACUACGGAACAGGCUGCUGGGUGCAGGUUUGGACUGCAAAACCCUCAGCAGCCAAUCUCUUCCAUUUCCUCGUCAUCGUCAUUUACAAUGGAGGCCGCCCCUCCCUAUGAGACAGUUGUAGGCGAACAAAACAUCCCUAUUCCUUUAGUCCCGCUGGAAGUAGUGAAAAAUUCUAGAGAUGACUACCAGAACCUUUGCAACAGAAUAAUGUAA